CACACCUGACUGUCAGUGUCAAAGUACACAAGAUGUACUUUAUAAAUAAUCGUUCUCUCGUGGCGUUAGUUAAUAAUUAACGUAGAAAAAUGUGUUUACGCAAUCUAGCCUCUCACCACUCUUAGCGAAAAUGUUGAUCAGUUUUAGAAUAAAUUCGACUUGACAGAAGUGCGGUACGCAGGGGAUGUCACAAUGGUGGAAUCGCCACCCCCAGAAUUCAUCAAAACCAUCGAAUGGGACAUGAUGGACAAGAGCAAGUUCUUCCCUUUAUCAAUGUUAAGCUCGUUUUCAGUUCGCUGCGCCCUGUACCCUCUAACCUUGAUAAAAACAAGGUUACAGAUUCAGAAACGUAAUGACAUUUACACUGGUAUGUUUGAUGCUUAUGGAAAAAUUUACAGAUAUGAAGGUUUAGCUGGGCUGUAUCGGGGCUUUUGGGUGUCCUCGGUGCAAAUAAUAAGCGGGGUUUUCUACAUCUCGGUGUACGAGGGCGUGCGCCACUGGCUGGCCCAGCGCAACAUCGACUCCCGCGUGCGCGCCCUCAUCGCCGGGGGCAGCGCCUCCAUGGUCGGCCAGACCAUCAUAGUCCCAUUCGACGUGCUCAGCCAGCACCUGAUGAUGAUGGGGGUGCACGGCGGCGGCGACAAGCUCGCAGUCGGCACGCUCGGCCUGUCCAUCAAGCCCGGCUCCAGCAAGCUGGCGGUGACCGUGGAGAUCGCCCGCGAGAUUUUCCGGCGCGACGGCGUCUCGGGCUUCUACCGGGGCUACAUGGCCAGCCUCGCCGCGUACGUCCCGAAUUCGGCCCUGUGGUGGGGAUUUUAUCAUUUUUAUCAAGACGAGCUUCACGCGAUCAUGCCGUCCUGGGUGUCGCACUUGUUUAUUCAGACGAUGGCGGGGACGCUGGGGGGCUUCACGACCACCAUCAUCACGAACCCGCUGGACGUGGUGAGGGCGCGCCUCCAGGUGCAGCGGCUGCAGUCGAUGGGGAGUGCUUUUAGGGACUUGUGGGCUGAGGAAGGUGUCAGGAUGUUUUCGAAGGGUUUAAGUGCCAGACUUAUUCAAUCUGCCACCUUUAGUUUUAGCAUUAUUCUCGGGUAUGAAACGAUUAAGCGGGUGUCUGUCAACGACGAGUAUAAAAAAUAUGUACGUUGGUGAUAUAGUUGUGUAGUUGAAAUUUUAUUUCUUGUUAAAUACGUCAGAGAUUAUUUUAGUUGAUGUAAAUGUUUAAUUUAUAUAUUUAUAUGUUUUAAAGUAAGUUGGAUUUUAUUAGUUGAUUAUGGGGGGCAUUUGUGUUCGGAAGGGCGGUGCGCGGAACGCCCUGAGUACCUCUGGGAGUCCCUUGUAUUUUUUAUGCCAGAAACAAACGAAAUGGGUCAAUAAAUACCAAAGAACUUUUAA